AUGGAUCAUACUAACCCCGUUCACCUGUCUCAUCCGCAAUCCAAAAAGGACUUUCUGGCUCAAUACUCCGCCAGGCUCUCCUUAGCGGACACGGGUGCAGACAAAAAAUCUCCCAUUCCUGCAACUGCCCCUUCCACUGUCACGGUUACACCUGAAGCGCCAGCCCAGCAAUCCCAGAUUGUCACAGAGACCACGGGCAUGGGAGCCACAGGCCUCACCAUCACCACAGUCACGGGCAUCGCGGGCACAUCCACGCGCACCAUAACCGGACCGGACGGAACCCUCCUCGUCCCACCUCCCAUCCCGCCCGUAUGA